AUGAAAGAGGCCUAUGAUGAUGUCAAAACUAAACAUCAUCAAAUCAGAAGUGCAGCAAAAAUUCAUAACAUUCCAGAAUCAACUCUAAGGUACAGACUUAAACAUCCAGAAGGGACAGAUGUCAAAAAAGGCGGCCCUAUAAUUUUCACUAGAAAGCAGGAAGAACUUCUUGCAGAUCACUGCAUUGGAAUGGCCCAUUUAGGCUAUGGAUUUACCAGAUGGCAAAUUAUUGAGAUGGCAAAGAAUAUGUGUGAGGUUGUUGGGAAGGAAAAUAUUGAGCCCUCAAAGCAUUGGUUUUAUGGUUUUCUGGGGCGUUUUCCCGAGUUGUCGAUGGUGAAGCCAAAGAAAAAAGAAGUUGCAAGGGACAAGGCAGUGACAAGUGAUAUGCUGUGCACAUAUUUUGCUGAGCUGAAGUUGAUCCUAGACAAAUAUCAGAUAAUGAACAAAGCAGAGCAAAUCUGGAACGUUGAUGAGUCUGGGAUAUCUUUAGACCACACUCCACCUAAAGUCCUAGCAAGAGCUGGAACAAAUCCAUAUGCUGUUACUCAAGGCGAAUCGGCGAAUACGACCCUGAUAGCUGCUGGAAGUGCCAUUGGUGAGACGAUACCACCGUAUAUCAUUUUUAAAGGAGAACGUCUGUCAAAAGAAAUGAGAUCGAGUGGCAUUCAGGGUACUAAAUAUCGUGUUUCUCCCACUGGAUGGUCAAAUUCUGUGUUAUUUUUUUAUUUUUUCAAGAACCACUUCUUGAAACAUGUUACAAUACGGCCUUGUAUUCUUCUUUACGAUGGACAUUCCACACAUAUCAAUAUUGAUGUCAUUGAGGCAGCAAGAGAGGAGGAUGUGCACCUAUUUGUACUCCCUCCACACAGCAGUCACUGUUUGCAGCCACUGGAUGUUGCUGGUUUUAGCCCUCCAAAAUGUAGCCUUAAUGCACAGAUUCAUAAAUUCUUACACAGUAAUCCAAAUUCUAUCAUAACCCCAAAGGAUUUGCCCAGUUUAAUUAGCACUGCGUACAAAAGUGCAUUGACUGUGAGCACCAUAAUGUCGGGUUUUAGAAAGACUGGGAUAUUUCCAUUCAAUCCAUCUGCCCCAUCAGUUGAACCACCUGUUAUCACCAAACAGACAGAGAGCAAAAACAUAAACAGAACAGAAAGGCAAGAUAACAGAAAUGUCAAAAUUUUGUUUCAGGAAAAGUCAUCUGAAUACAGCACGAGGUUGUCAGAGAAAGGAGAAACUAAAAAGAAAAGAAAGGCGUUUGUACCACCUUAUGGAUGUGCGAUUACUGAGGAUGAAUCCUAUCAAAACAAGAAAGAGAUGUGGAAAUGA